ACACAGGCCAGGGCUGCUUCAGCUGUUUUGUCCUUCGUUUUCAGGGACCAUUGCCUUGAGCUGGAGAGUUCAAUGGCUGACAGUAGGCUCUGGGCUCCGGACCUAGGGGCUCAGCUGGGAGUUUCCGGUUGUCUGAAAAAAUGCCAGAAGAGCUCUCCAGAUGCUAGGAGGCAGCAGCCCUUUUCUGGAAAGUCCUUUUACUUGGAUCUGCCUGCUGGCAAGACUCUCCAGUUUUUGACGGAGGCAAUCCAGCAGCUGGGUGGGGUAAUUGAGGGUUUUCUGAGCAAAGAAGUAAGUUACAUCGUGUCCAGCCGCAGGGAGGCGAAGGCAGAGAGCAGUGGGACAAGCCACAGAGGCUGCUCCAGCUCCAGCCCCAGCGAGGUCAGAGUGGAAACACCGGCCAUGGCCGAUCCAAAGGGCAGCCACACCAGGCCUUCACAGAAACCCGUAGACUUGGUCCCUAUGAGCAGAGGGAAGGAGCUACUGCAGAAGGCCAUCAGAAAUCAGGGGAGCAGCAGCGGAGGAGGCAGCGGGAGCCCCAGCAGCCUCCUGACCAAUGCCCGCUCCUGGGGAGUGAAGAUUCUGCAUGUGGACGAAAUGAUGAUGCGCGUGCAGCAGCUCUCUCUAGAUGCUUUAUGUGUGAAGAAACAAGGGCCAAAGAAGCCCGAGUUUCCAGUGGCCAGACUGAAGGCACCGUUCCUCAAAAUCGAAGAUGAGAGCAGGAAGUUUCGUCCUUUCCACCAUCAGUUUAAAUCCUUUCCUGAAAUUUCUUUUCUGGGACCCAAAGAUGCAAGUCCCUUUGAGGCCCUGACGAUCCCGGGCAGCUCGCGCCAUACCAGAGGACCCAAGGACCGAGAGCCCCGCCCACGAUCAGCCACCCGCACCGCACUCAGGAGGAAGAAAGGUUACUGCGAGUGCUGCCAGGCGGCCUUUGAGGAGCUCCAUGGGCACCUCCAGAGUGCCCAGCACCAGGGCUUUGCCCUAGAAGCCCACCCGUAUGCAGAAGUCGAUCGGAUCAUCGCCCAGCUCAGCCACAGCUUUGCGGAGAUCCCCUUCCUCGCCAGCCUCCCCAGGCAGCCAGGCUCCCCGGCUUCGGAUCGUGACCCUCUGUCUCCUGGGACGGUGCCUCCCAGCCAGCCCUCCUAUGGUGGGACAGCAUCUCCCAGGAGGAGGAAGGAAGACGGCCCCCAGACCCCCAGCAUCCACGAACAGGAUGGGCUGGUGAGCGGCAGGAAGUCACCAGCUGAACGUGUGGGGGCUGGUGAGAUGCUCGGACCGGUAACAAGCUGCCAAGACCUGGGGGGCUCAGUUGAUGUUGUGGACCCCCCGGGGACAGUGCUGUCCAGAAGCCCUACUUGUCGGUGCCUCCUGACCAGCUCUGAGUUUGCGGACCUCUCCCCUGGCCCAGAACCGGCACGUGUCGGCCACAAGCGGAAGGUUCAGUUCCCCAGUGGCAAUGCCGAGAAGAGGCCAGGGGUCUCCUGGCCACAAGCCUCACUCUCUGUCUCCAGAGCCCUCAGCCCCUGUGGCACCAGGACAACUGAUGGCUGGCAUCUCUCCUCCCUUCCCCUUCCAGGCCCCGAGUCCAGGCCUCUGACCUCCCCCCUGCCCUUGUGCGACCCACAGACCAGCCUCUCCCUCCCAGACCCCUUGCCCUGGCAGCCCUCAGACAGGCCAGCAGAGCUCUGGGCCGCACAGCCCACCUGGCCCGGCGGAGGGUGUUCCCCAGGAUCUGAGGGUUCUGAGGGUGCAGCCCCUGGCCCCGGCUCUCAGCAGACUGACCAACUUCCCAGCUGCUCGGCAGCUCCAGGCCAGCUGUCAGCCCACCUGCACUCAGCUGCAGGCACGUAACCCCCAGGGGGGCUGCAGAGAGCCAGGCUACCUCCCCUCCCUCUGCCUGCCAGCGGGGGAGCCAGCCUCUCCCAGCCCCCUGCCUCCCUGUGUCCCAGCACCAGCAGCAAACUGCUCCUGUGAGUCCUCUGGGGCACGCAGCUCUUCAUGGGGCCGGACAGCUCCCAACUCGAGGGCCAGGUGCACAGAUAUAAGUUAUACCCCUGCUGAUUGCUGCUCACCCAGCCAGGGCAGCCCAGAUAACAGGAGCAGCACACCAGGGCCUCCCUUGUGGAGCCAGAGGAGCCCGAAGCCUGGCUUUGGAAGUCCAAGUGGACAGCUGUUGUCAUGGCCAAGUGCAGGGUGGACACAUCGAGUCCUCCCACCCACCCAGUCUUCAGGUAGAACCAAGAGAGUCAGCUUGAGGGCCGCCCUCUCUUACCCAGAUCUCCAGCCAUGAUCCUGACUGGGCAGUGACCUGUGAUGGGCUAGUCCGUCCAUAGCCAGCUGCCCACUUGCCAGGAGGCAGAGGCGAGGUUGGCACGGGAAGGGAUGACAAAGAAGCUGGAGCAGCAGGACCCUGGCCUGGCUUCCUGCCCCUCGCAGAGCCCAGGGUAGGUGUCCCCCCCCUCCUUUCUCACAAGCAUGUGGCUCUCUCCUGCUUCCCAAAAGCCUGUGUUUGUGUCCCCGCCCCCAGCACCCCACGCUGUGCACACAGAUCUCGGGAACAUAAGAAGCAGAGGAGGGCUCGGCUGCUGCACUCACCGAGCUCUCUCCCUGCACUCGGAGUGGGCCCAGCACCGACCUUUCCCCUGAGCCCAAGAUAUGGCCAGAUGCCCCUCUGGGGACAGACCCCUCUCGGCUCUUCCCUGCCUCAGUCUGGGCUGCCCACCCCGGGGCUCACCUGCCAACGUCUCCAUCCCCUACUUUCCUCCCUCCCCGAGGACCUCCCCCCAUUUCUUUUCAGCUGAGCCAUUAAUCUGGAGAUGGGGAUGAGUUUGCUAUCGAUUUUUUGGCCACAUUUUUUUUAUUACAUUUUGUACUGUGGUUCCUCUCACCCUUCUCUG